AUGUUAGCAUCCUUACGUAUAGAAACCCGACCACAAGAACAAGGUGGAAGAGAAGUUUCAGUCAUGUUUAAUUCUUCAAGAUCGUUAACUACUGAUACUGAUAUUGAUAGUGAUCAGAGUACUCCAAUGGUAAUUGAUAGUGAAGUAGUAGAAGAAGGAGAAGAAAGAGGAAGCAAUGAAAGAAGAAGCGAAGAGAGAGAUGGGUUUUCUUUAACAAGAGAAGAGAAUGAGAGUUCUGUUGAAGAAGCAACGAGGAGGGAAAUUAGAGUUAAGGGAUAUGAUUUGGAUGGAUUGAAUUGUGCUAUUUGUAUGGAGCCAUGGAGGUCUGAAGGUGAUCAUCAAGUCAGCUGCCUUCCUUGUGGGCAUGUGUAUGGUUUUUCUUGCAUUAGCAAGUGGCUUCAACGUCCAUUGCCUUCUACAAAGUGUCCUCAGUGCAAUGCAAAGUGCAUACUCAAGGAUAUUAGAAAGCUCUAUGCAACACCAGUGGUAGUUAUUGAUGAAGGGCUACAAAAGAAAGUCGAAUCUCUUGAGGAUGAAAUUGGCUCCCUUAAGACAGAGAAAGAUGAUUUGCUUGACAUACAAGAUAACUUGCUUGAAAUUCAAGAUAAUUUGCUCAAGGAAUUACGCAAUCUCAAGGAAAAGCCAGCUUGUGUAGAGAACACAUCAUUUGUGCAGAUGGGGAGCAAACCUCUUCAAUUCAUUAAUGCAGAGGAAGCUCAGGGUGCACCAUCUGAAGGUGGAAGGAUGUUUGCCAUGGACUUCUCUUAUCAAAAUCUGAUUCUCAGUCGAAGAAUUGCUGGGAUGGGUGGGAUGCAUAUGCUCAACAAGAUUAACUUGAUUAAUCCUCAUGAAAAUGAAGAUAUAUGGCUUCCUCCUAGCACAAAGGCUGUUAAGGAUAUACAAAUUUCUCCUUGUGGUAGACUCACCGUUCUGGCUUCACUUGGGAAGAAAUUAUCGAUACUUAGCAACCAACUGAACUGGAGUGUUUCUUUGUUUAGCAUGGUAAGCAACAAUAUUGUCAUGAGCUAUAAUCUAAGGGUCCCAGCUUGGUCAUGUUCGUGGGAUCUAAACGGCCCUCAUUAUGUGUAUGCUGGCUUGCAGAAUGGAAUGCUUUUGGUAUUUGAUAUGCGCCGGACUCAGAAUCCUUUGCAGUCCAUGGUUGGUCCAAUGCCCAGGCCAAUUCAUACAAUAUACUCCCUUGUGCAAAACCCUGUUCUUGGUUCCAAUUCUCGAAACCUGCUUACAGGUUCCCCUUUGGGACCAUGUGUCUGGAACACUGAUACUGGAAAAAGGCCAUUUCCGGUUCCUGGAUUUGAAAAUCAGGACAUUUGUAUGUCACUCGCUUAUGGUUCAUUAAGCAAUGACAUUGUUGCUUCAUAUCAUUCCAAAUCCAAGAAAUCAAAUGCUACUGUCAAUUCCCCACUCUGUUCUCAAGUUCUUGUCAAGAGAAUAGCCGAUAGCCAUUAUCGUAACUUGGGAUCUACAUCUGCCUAUUUAAGCAACGGUCAAAUGACAAGGACAGCUAUUAUAAACAUGCAGAAUUGCUUCCCAUUGUUUGCAUAUGGAGAUGAAACAACCCGUGGACUGAGGUUAAAGGAAUUACCAAGUUUCAAUGUGACCCAGAAUCUUAAACCACAUCAUCAUCCCAUCCUUGAUGUGAAGUAUGCACAUAACCAGGACAUGGGUAUACUUGGCUGCGUGAGUGAAGAUAAACUGCAACUUUUUUCUGCAGAACCGUUACAAAAGAGGUAUGUUUAUCUUGCAAAAACCUAUACUUCAGCUGCAACUUUGUUAUCUGAUGGUCGUGGUUUACAGACUCCCACGUAA